ACUUGUACCAUCUUAUACCCUCAUCAAACCAGCUGCUGCCAAUACUAUCCUGUCAAUUGACCUCCAUGUUUACCGAACGGAGAUAUCGCGUCAUGUAUCGCGCUAAUUUCGAUUUCCUACCCGAGGACCUCCCUCUGCCGAUUUGGGGCAGCUGCGAGGAUAUCGCACUAAUUCCCAAUUCCGUGCAUGAUCCACCUUCGCCUGGGAUACCUCCUAAUCCGCCACCAAGCCCUGCUUGAUCAUCAAUUGUUCAAGGCUGGUGCUUUAAGGACAGCGCAAACUAGUAGAAGAGAUCUGCAAUGAAACUUGAUGAGAAGGGGAAAACAUCGCAGUGCACCAUUGAAG